AUGCUUGUCCGGCGGAAAGGUCUCUCCGUUAGAGUUGGAUGCUCUGGUCAUUCAGACAAUGAAGAAGUUAGGAAGCAUCCUAUUAAGCACAUUCAUGAUCAAGGAGUUCCUGUAGGAGUUGAAAAUAAAGAAAAUUGCGGCAUUCCACUGAAAAAAGCACCUAAGCCUUCGUCUUUGGUUAUUUACAAGGAUACUGUUGUCUCAGUGUGUCAACAUUGUGGGGCAAGUAGAUCCAGUGUAACCCGUGAAAAGUCGAGUGUAUCCACACAGACCAGUGAAAUAACGUCAGAUAAUUUAAAGGAAAUGCUUACUGCAGAAACUCCCUCUGUUGAUUACUGGAUGGAUUUAGCAGAACAGCGUCGCGAAGCUUUAGUUGAAACUUUGGCUGAGAACAAGGAACUAUGCGGCAUUGUGGAUGCUUUGCAAACUGAGCUUACACGUCUGUCGAAGAUUGAAGAUUCUUUGCAAAGAUUUAUGAGUGACAUUAAGCAGGAUGUUGGAGCACAGUCUUCAAUUAGCGAAUUGGAGGAUUGCGUGUUGCAAUGCAAGCAUAUGUAUCUCACUUCUAGGGACAAACCCCAGGAUUUUCAAAAGUUUCUCCUCAAGCGACUUGUUGAAUUGCGAAGACUUCUGCACAUCGCAAAGGAACGCGAACCCGCCUCCAUCUCCAAGCCAACUUCAUCUUCAGCACCAUUACUCACGACAUCACCAGUAGCAGCAACUCAUGGACAUACAUUUCGGGCUGUUCCAUCCUUGCGGCUUUUGGGUACAGUAUGCGAUUCCUGCGUUCGCAGCGUUAAGUCACCGACGGGCAAUGUGUUGUUGUGUCGUGACUGCUCUGUAACUUGUCACGACUCGUCAUCAUGUCUGCGUCGCCUUUUGCGUGUCUGUCCUGCUUCCUCCGACUCUACGACGCCCACCCUUGAGGUGGUCAAAGCUGCUCAUCUCGAUGCCAGUCUUUCGCGACAGGGUUGGCAGUGCUGGAGCUGCCAUGCAACCCUCCGUGUCCCUCUGGAUCCCUCUGACUCUGUGCCGUUGCCACUCCACAGUCUCAGCGCCGCAUCUGCGCCGCCCUCUAUUGAGCUGUUGUCAAGCGUACGGCAGAUGGAACACGUACCUACGGCAACGGAGGUGCGGCUGCAACGUGCUACCACUGCACUUCAGGAAGUGGCAGGUCUCUUCUCACCCAAGUUAGGACCAGUACUCACCCCUGCCGACGUCCGUGUUGUUGCCGCUGAUGCCUUCGCGAAGCGAGCAGCGAUGACAGGGGGAAAGGGAGGUGAAGAGAGCGAGGCAAGUGUUGCUCGUUUUUGCUACUAUUCAGGGAAAUUCUUCUGCGCCAACUGCCAUUGGGAUGAUCUGUGGUGCAUACCGGGAAAAGUCUUUGCUCUUGGGAUUACCUCUCCUUAUCCGGUCUCGCGCGAUUCCCUCAUUGCCCUCGAAUACAUGUGGCCACGCCAACAAUUUCGUCCACCAGAACCUUGGCAACAAUGGAAUGCACAGGCUGUACUGAUUGGGAGUCUUAGAAUGCGAGCUCAUCGCCUUCUUCCAACUUUCUUUCGCGUCUGUUGCAAGGCCUCUAGUCUCUUGCAUAAAUUUGAGGAAAACCAGCCAGCAUGGUUGUUUGAGCAGCCUUUCACGUACACUAUGUGGACCGUAGAACGAGUGCUUGAUGGAUCAUUGAUUGAAUUGCUGAUGAAAUUCCUGGCACAAGUUGAGGAACACGUGGAAACAUGCGUGGUUUGCACGACGCUUGGUCAGUCGAUUUGUUUGGUCUGCCGCAAGCCCUGUCCUCAACCACAUCACCAUUGCUCUGCCGUCUGCUCCGUCUGCCGCAAUGUCGUCCACAGAUCCUGUUUGGUGCCCCCUCUUAAGGCCGAUUUUGAUAAUCUCCAGCCCAUCCUGGAAACUCUCCAAUCACAGCGUGACUGUCCGACCGCCCUGAGGAUUGAGGACAUCCUGGAGAGCCACUAUCCCGCCAUAAAAUCCACUCGGUGCAAACUCUGCUGUGAUUGA